AAGAUGUCCUCUUUCAGUUGCUGGGACCUGCCCAUGGCCCUUCUCGCCCUGCUCUGCUGCCCAGGGUCUGGUGAGGAGGCAUUUGAGGUACACAUGUGGCCAGAGCAGCUGGUGGUCGAGUCCAGAGGGUCCUUGGAGGUCAACUGUAGCACAAACUGUGCCUGGCCAGAAGCAGGUGGUCUGGAGACCAACCCGGUCAAAACUCUGCUGGGCAACCACACUCAGUGGAAGCAUUUCUUGAUCUCCAACAUCUCCCAGGACACAGUCAUCUAUUGCUACUUCACUUGCUCCGGGAAGCAGCAGUUCAAGGAGGUCAAUGUCAGCGUGUACCACCCUCCAAAACAGGUGACACUGACGUUGCAGCCCCUCAGGGUGGUCACGGGCAAAUCCUUCACUAUUGAGUGCAAGGUGCCCGCCGUGGCACCCCUCAAGAGCCUCACCCUCACCCUGCUGCAUGGCAGGAAGAUGCUAUACAACCAGACCUUUGAGAAAGCAACACCUGACCCCCAAGAGGCCAUAGCCACACUGAAUGUGACAGCUCACAAGGAAGAUGGCCAACACAACUUCUCAUGCCAGGCGGAGCUGGACCUGCGCUCUCGUGGUGGAGGCAUCUUACGCCGUACCUCAGAGCCCCAGGCGCUGCAGGUCUUUGAGCCCAUGCAGGACAAUCAGAUGUUCAUCAUCAUCACCGUCAUGUCGGUGCUGCUGUUCCUGUUUGUGAUGUCUGUUCUACUGUGCUUUAUUUUUGGCCAGCAAUGGUGCCAGAAGAGGAUAGGUACCUAUGAAGUGCUGGCAGCCUGGCGGAGGCAGCCCAGGGCAUAG